AUGUCAACCAAAGCGUCGGCCAGCAAACCACAUCUCUUCGACCGACUCAUUCUUGCCACCAAGGCCUUUCUGGAUCGAAAUGUUGAUGAACGUCAACUUCGCGAGACCGUUCACGAUAUCAGCGAGGCCAAUUUACCAUACAAGAUUGUUCCGUUGUCCUCAUUGACCCGCAAAGAAAUCUUGAAAGCCUUCAACCUCAAAGUUGACACACGGGACAAUGAACUUGAGAACGUCAUGCCUAUGCCAAUCCCUAAGCAUUUAGAAGCACAUGGUAUCGUUUCGAAGGACCUGCCAUACGGCCAAUUCCUGAACGUCCAGACAGAAAGAGCCUACCAAUUUGGCCCAGUCAGGCUUAAGGGUAAAAGGGUGUACCUCGGAGCCCGGCUAGACUACGGGAUCUGGUACGAGGAAGACGAGACUUUAUGCCUCAACGUACUGAUUGUCGAAGCAAAAAGGUCGGACAUUGAGCUCGGGGCUACCCAAGCUUUAGGCUAUAUGGGUGAAGCAACUAUCCACAAUGAGCGCAAGAAGAGCUCUAAGCGGGAUGCUACGGUCUAUGGGAUGACUUCGGUUUCCAGUUCGGCGAAAGCACCUUUCUACGCCCGUCUCCUCGUUGUCUCAAGGGACUUCUUAGAUCGAAAGAUCACCAAGCACCAGUUUGGCGAGAAGGUGGAAGAGAUUGACAGUGCCGCCAAAUCACAUAAAACUGUUCCGAAGAACGCAAGGAAGUGA